AAGGAGAUGGACAAAAAAUUCCCGAAUUUGCGCAGACAAAAAAAAAGUUGCAAUGUUGCUAAAAAAAGUAGAUUGCAAGUCUCCUCAUAUAUUCAAUGAUCUAUUUGUUCGUUCGCUAAUGUCUAACCACUGUGGCAACCCUCUCUUGAGGGACUGGAUGAAAGAGAUGAUGGAUAAAGCUGAAGGCUUGCAAAGCAGGAAAUAUUAUACACUAAAGAAGGCGUACGAUUCACUCUGUAAAUGCCCAGUUACGUUUGAUCACCCAUCACAGGCUAUUCAGUUGGACGGUAUCGGCGAAGGUUUAGUAAAGAGUUUGGAAGAACGUAUGCGAAAAUAUUGUAAAGACAACAAUCUUCCUAUGCCGCAACGUCCCAAUAAUCCAACAGGGAAGGGCAAUAAACGGAAACAUACAGAGGAUACAGAUUCACCGGGCAGUUCUUCAUCCAGCAGCAGAGCGAGGGCCACAAAACCUUAUAUACCAAGAUAUAGAACAGGUGCUUAUGCUAUUUUAUUGGCUCUAAGAGAUUUUUUAGACGUGGGCCAAGACGAGGCGACCCGCGAACAGAUAUGCCAGCUUGCUCAAGAUCAUUGCGACGCUUCACUUACCCUGGCAGAGCCUGGAAAAUCAUACUCAGCGUGGAAUGGUAUCAAAACCUUACACGAGAAAGGUUAUGUCUAUAAAAGUGGGAGACCUGCUAAAUUCCGAUUGACAGAGACGGGCGUCAGUUUGGCUGAUAAGUUAAAAGAAAUCAACAUGAGAAACAACGGCAGUGAUCAAAAUACCUCGUCAGCAGCGGCUUUACCGUUCAAAUCAACGACAACUUUGAAUUCGUCUUCAGCAGAUCAGCUGGCAAAUUUACCCACUACCUCAGGGGCAGCAUUUGCAGCAGCCAUCAGUUCGGAUGAAGAGGAAUACAGUAGCGAUAAUGUGGAUAUGAGUAUAUAUGUUAUGGAUCCAUCGAAAUAUACUUUGCAAGAUAGCAAUGUCAGCAGCAGCCAGAAUUCUUCCACGGCAAGAUCCAGAGCUUCUCGAGCUAAUUCAGACACCAUAGAUGGUGACUCCUUAAUGCCAUCCACUGUGCCGCAGUCAUCCAGAACAACUACAUCAUCGAGGGCAGAUAUCAUGGCAGCAUUAGCAGUACAACCCAAAGAGCCAUCCAAAAGAGGGACAAGAGGCGAUGAUGGUAAUGAAAAGAGCAAGAGGCAAAAGAUAUCAGCAACAAGUGCAGCUCUUGAUAAAAUACUAGCAGAAAUAGACAAAGAGGAUCCGAAUAAAGUAGAUAUGGGUUUAUAUAUUCUUAAUCCAGAAAGACACACAUCUGCCUCAGUUAGUAAUAAAACCAGCUCUGCGUCAUCUUUAACUUCUUCGACGUACGGAACAGCAGCAACAGCAGCUAUGACUUCGAAAGCAGUUCUAAACACUGAUAGAGCUUCUCCAUCGGCGUCUUUUACGAGUAGGAACGAUAGAUAUACAACUCCUGCAGUAUCCUCUAUUUUACGAGCGAAUGAACAAAAACGGUCUAGUCCUUCAAUGAACAAGAAAACGAGUAUCACGUUAUCACCCUUGUCCACAUCUGAUACUGAAAAUAAUACUCGUGCCAAUCAUGUCCAGAAGGAAGAGAUAGUGGACCUUUUAUCAUCGCCUGAAACAUCUCCUCUUUCAGAUCUUGCGGCCGGUGAUGAGAAUUUUAGUUUUGUUUUCAACAGCCAAGAGGAUUAUUUUCCGCUUACUCAAUCACGUAAUGAACAAAUCAAAAACGAAACUUUUCAAUAUACAUACCUUGACACAAACCAGAAACCAGUGAAGCAUGUCGCACAAGCUGCAGUCGAGAUAGAUACGGAAAAAGCAAGUCUUGCCUAUCUCGUACAAUUUUAUACACAUCAAGCCAAUCAUCCCAAAGCGAAAUUACUGAUUAACCAAACAACAAAAGGAGAGUUUACUAUGGCCUAUUUACCUGAGGAGCAUAUUGAUAGUAUAUGUCCUGGGUUACCAGCUACGCCUGUUUUAUCUUUACAUCGGGAGGUAGAAGAGGAAAAAGAUGCUUGUCCUGCAAGUUUGUUUUCUAACGCACAACAACAUCCAUCCAACAGUCAGACCAACAGUCAAACAUACCAUUCUAGUCAGUACCUUGAGAGAGCAUUUAGCUCUCAAGCGAUUCUCUCAUCUUCUUCGCAACCUUCAAACUCACAGGACCCACACAACGGGACGGAUUUGCAAUCAUUGAUAGAAGAAAAAGGACAACCCGUCUUCUGUUUGAAAUCUGGUGAAUAUGAAAUUGUAUUGGUGGUUGAUAAUCGCGAAAUUCAAAUGAAGGGUAAUCGAGAGUAUUUUCAGGAAAAUUUGACGAGAAAGGGUAUUCAAUGCAUCACACGCGCUAUGGAUUUGGGUGAUGUUGUGUGGAUUGCACGCAGGAAAGAAAAGAGCAAUAAUAGUAGCAGCAGCCAAACUCAACUUCAACAAGCAGAGGAAUUAGUGUUGGAUUAUAUUGUAGAACGCAAGCGGCUGGAUGAUUUAGUGAGCAGUAUCAAAGAUGGACGUUUUACAGAACAAAAGACACGAUUGAAGAGAUCUGGUGUGGAAAAGGUCAUUUACAUUGUCGAAGAGUAUAAUGUUCAAGAAGCAGAGCGGUUUGGAAUGCAGGCAGUCCAGACUGCCAUGUCUUCUACACAAAUGAUCGAUGGCUUCUACCUGAAAAGAACCAAUAGUAUAGAUGAAACCAUUGAUUUCUUAGCAUCCAUCACUCGGAUGAUAGAACGGUUAUACGAUCGGGUCACACUUUAUUGUAUUCCAGAGCAUAUUAUUACACGACAAAACUUUCUGCAACUUAAAGGAAUAUAUAGAAAUACAUUCACUGAGCAAGGAAAGACGACUUAUCUAGUCAAUUUCUCCACAUUUGGUCAGCUCAACUCAAAGAAUGGUUCAACGAGUUUGCAUGAGAUCUACUUACGUAUGUUGAUGACAAUUAGAGGUGUCAAUGCAGAAAAGGCUUUAUCACUCAUGAAAGUAUACCCCACUCCGAAUUCCCUUUUGAGAGCCUUUCAAAACAAGACACCCGAAGAAGGAAAGACACUGGCCAAAGAUGCAACACUGAAUAACAUUAGUAGACGUCGUUGGGGCCCACAGAUUAGCGAGAGAUUAUAUCAAGUUUGGGGCAGUGAAACUUAUGAUCAAUUUACGGUUGCUAGUCAAAGUGAUGAAAAAGAUUAAACAACUGAUUAAAAGUCGAACUUGGAAUUGAUACUGCGCCUAAUGUUUAAAAUGCUGUUUCUCUAUACAGUCAGUUUAUUAACUUUAGAUUUGGACAACACAAACAUAAUUUUUAGACGAU